CCUUUCUACCGCCGGAAGAGGGAUAGGGCUAAGGGCGCCCGGCAUGGCGGCCGGUGCUGGUAGUGAUGCCUGGGUAGGCCGCAGCGAGCUAUAGAGCCUGUUUUUCCACCAUGCCUAAGUACUAUGAGGAUAAAGAGGAGGACGGACAGGCCUGCGGGGGAGUGAGGGAGGACCUGCGGCAGUGUCUGCUGGAGAGCCCCUGCGUCCUGCAGGAAAAUAAAAGCCCGAAGCAGUGCUUGAGGGAAGGACACUGUAGAAGUUUGCAAAUGACGUUUUUUGCAUGCAAAAGAUCGAUGUUGGAUACUAGGGCAAGAUUCAGAGGAAGGAAAGGAUACUGAAGUCCCCAUGAAGAGACACAGCCGUGGGAAAUCAGGGCUCAUCAGCACUUUACACAAAACAGAGACUAAAGGAAGAAGACUAUCUGCUGCAUCCUUUUAUACAGUAAUUUCGUGGAAGGUACCCAAUCCUGAGUAUUCCAAUAGAUUGACCUGGAUGUGCAUUUAAAUGUUAAAAUGAAGACAAGUGUAGAACUGCAAGUUCUGGCCAAAAUGGGGACUUGUCAUGCACUUGCAAUAAAAUACAUAAAAUCUAGAGUAAGCUGCAGAAGUUAUCAUUCUGUUUUGAAGUGAAGUUGUCUUUUGUGGUUUCACUAAUUCUGAACAUGUUUACUAUUUCACAUGACACAAGAUAUGAAACUGGAGUUCACUCAACUGGUAUCCCAGAGGAUGCCUCAGGAUAGAGCUGUUUGAGUUGAAUGAGGUUCUGAAAUGUAUGCAAGCUGUUUCCACCCCAGUAGGUUUGCUGCCCUAUAAACCUGCACUAACAGGUAGGAGCAGUGAUGUUUUUCCAGUCCCAUAUGUACAAGGAUGGCAUCACUUUCCUCUUGCUACAAAUCCCUUUAAUGUGGUGAUUGAUGUAAAUGGUUAUUAGCACUGUCUAGUCUUGUUGGGCAACUGGGUUUACAUUUGGUUACUCUAAAUUAAAAGAUGUCUGAUUUAUCUUUCAA